AGUGCAUUCGAAGGUCAAUGGCAAAACGGCAAAAGGCACGGCCUCGGCGUCGAGACUCGCGGCCGGUGGUUGUACCGGGGCGAGUGGACCCAGGGAUUCAAGGGCCGAUACGGCGUUCGGCAGAGUUCCACGAGCACUGCCAAUACGAAGGGACGUGGGCCAACGGACUCCAAGACGGUUACGGCUCGGAAACCUACGCUGAUGGAGGCACGUACCAGGGGCAAUGGUUGCGUGGCAUGCGACACGGCUACGGCGUGCGAUCGUCUGCACCGUUCGGCCUGGCGUCCCACUAUCGGCCGAAUAAAUCGCUUCGCGCCUCAUUAACGUCGCUCCGGAGCAACGAAGGCGGAGCGGGUGCCGCACCCGGACAGGCGCCCACGCCUGAUCCUGCCGAAAAACGAAAUCAUCGAGUGGAUGAUUCGCGCGGCGGCUUUGUUCUCAAAGCUCGCAGCGACGAACCACCCGCUCGACGAAAUAGCUUAGUGGAAAAGACCAAGAAGGGAUUGUUGUCGGGACUGAAGAUUCGAAAACAAAGAAGUACGGGAGAUUUGGAGAAACGCGGAACUGGAGGCGCCGGUGGUUCCGGUAGUAUUCGUUCGACUGCAUCUUCAGCAUCGUGGAUGAGUACAGAAUCUUCACACUCCAUGACAAAUGCUUCAGUUCAUACAGAUUCCAAUGCUAGUUUUGUAGUAGAAGAUGAACAAUUGGAUGGAAGCGUUACAGAGACUUAUAUGGGUGAAUGGAAAAACGAUAAGAGAACUGGUUUUGGUAUAAGUGAACGUAGUGACGGUUUACGUUAUGAAGGAGAAUGGUUUGCUAAUAAAAAAUACGGUUAUGGUGUAACCACUUUUAGGGACGGUUCUAAGGAAGAAGGCAAAUAUAAAAAUAAUGUUUUAAUAACAAGUCAAAAAAAGAAACAUUUAUUUCUUAUUCGAUCGGCCAAAUUCAGAGAGCGUAUAGAUGCCGCUGUCAAUGCAGCUCAAAGAGCUUCAAAAAUCGCGUUACAAAAGGCUGAUAUUGCAAUUUCACGUACAGCCACUGCAAGGGGUAAAGGCGAACAAGCUGAUAUGGCUGCCGACCACGCCAAAGAAGAUUCAGAUAUCGCUCAGGCUACUGCAAAGCAAUUUGCACCAGAUUUUAAGCCUCUAACCGAAAGAAUACGACUGCGUGAAAAAUUCCGACCUCCUCCAGACGGUGCCUUACCCGGUAAAUCAAUUCUUCAUCAGCAAAAAGCACCAAAUGAACACACAAAUCAAAAUGUCCCUAAUAAACCUACUGUAAGUUUGAACUUAUCUGAUAGAUAUCCUUCAACGAGAAGACCAUCUGAACCUCAGCUACUACAAACACAACAAACUCAGCAACAGACAAAUGCUGAUUACAGUAUUUCUAAUGACAUCAGCUACGCUUCACAAAAUCAAUCAUCAGUAUCACAACAUAAUCAAUAUAACAAACAAGACUCAGCUAUGCACAACGAAGCUCCGUAUGAAUCGCAUAACAUUCGAGACUCACAGCAGCAGCUAAUGGGGAACAGUAUAGGACCUGGUGGACAUCCUAGUUCGAAUUUGCGUAGGAAUUCAAGACAAGUGGGAGAAAGACCGAGUUUGGUGCAACAAAGUUCUAUAGAUCAUUUCGAUCAUUACAAAAGGCCACCAUCACGAGAUUCUAGUGUGGAUCGGUACACGCGCGCAGCUAGUAGACUAGGAGGAGUGCCUUCUCGUCAGCCAUCCAUGGACCGAGGAGCUACGAGCCCGCAAGAUAUACUAGAUCGUGGAAUUCGAGCCGGAUCAGCAGUAAGAGGAACUACGCCGAUGCCGAAUCAAAUGCGUGGUACAACGCCUUUGCCAGGUAACUUAUGUAAUGGUUCUGUAAUGACCGGAGGUGGAGGUUCGCGCGGCACGACUCCAUUCAAUAAUGUCGGUUCCAAGGCAAAUUCGCCACCACCAUCACAACCGCCAUUCGAAGAUGUCCUGCUGCGUAAGCGAACUCUGGGCCAGGACAUAAUACCUUCGCCUGGACAGCCGAAACGGACCGAGAGUCUUUAUAUUUCACCUGUAAAAGCUUCUGGAGGCGGUGGCGGAGGAGGGGCAGUAGGGAAAAAGAGUCUGCCGUCCCAGUUGCCGCUGCAGCGUAAAAAGUCGCUGCCCGACGUGCAGGGACUGCCGCACGCCGCGGAGGCGAUGUCCCGCGAAGAGGUAUCCGCUCUCGGGUCGGCGAGGCGCGAGGAAGUCAGGCGCAUCGCCGACGAGAACGAACGGUUGCGCGCCAAUCCCUUGCUCUACCUUGUGAGUCCGCAAGUCAAGGACUGGUUCUCCCGUCAGCAGCUGGUCAUGCUGGUCCUGUUCAUCAACAUCUCGCUAGCCAUAAUGUUCUUCAAGUUGCUGACGUAGCGGCGGCCUAUCCACAACGGCCCUUUGUGGCCGCCAUGAUCACAGGCAUAGGUUCAUUACAGUCGUAAGGGAAUAAAUCAAAUAGACUUUAUUAACGACCAGCACAUGUGACGCACAGCCGCGGCACUGUUGGCAAUAAUAUAAUCACAACAAAAAAUAAAUGCAAGAAAAUCACAAAAAAGAUUCUAGAAUCGAUCGAAUUCUUCAAAUCGGAAGAAACGAAUUCGCCACGAAACCGCGUGACUUUGGUUUUUCAUUUUUUUGGCACGCAAUGGCUGAAAGGUAUCGGAUGCGUCCAGAUAAAUUUUGUCCAGUGGGCGUUUUCAGUUUCUAGUCAAUCGCCCUGGCAGGAAAAGCUCUACGAGCGAGCGUAUGGAAAUUGUGAAGGUGUUUGUGAUAAUUGGACAAAAAUAGUAAUAGUGAUUUUCCAAAAUCCCCGAAUUCAGCGCGCUCUGCAGGCUACUGGCGGUAGUUUUUCAGUAGCAUAAAUUUUUCCUAUUAUUAAUUUUUUAACAGACCGUGAUUAUAGGAAUUUGUAUACGCUUCAGAUGCGCGCUUUAGUAUCUUUCUAUAGCUUUAUAGUCAAAAAGCACAAAUUAAAUUCAUAUGAAUUGGAUCUAAGUUCAUCAGUGAAUACAAGAAGUUGUAUUCAAAUAAUGAAAUGAAAAUUUAGAUUUUAAUUAAAAGAAAAUUAGAUUUAAUAUUAGCUUUUUCUAUAAUAUAUGAAAUUAUACAGCAACAUAUGAAAGAAGAUAUUUUUACACUAAAUAUACCUACGCGUUUCUUGUUGCUAAUGUUUUAUAUAUAUAUUAGAAAAAUUCAUCUUGAAUAUCCAUUUUGUAA